GCAUCCGAGAUCCAUCCAUCCACAACAUCCAGAGCAAAGAGCAUCCAGAUUCCACACUCCAGAGCAACAGUUUCAGGCUGAGUUGAGUUUUUUUGGGGUUGCCAAUGGCGGACAUCGCGAUGCUGGUGGCGGAGGAGCACGAGAAGAGGAUGAAGCGAGGGGCGCCCCGCACGGUCGCCGGCGCCGGCGAGGAGGCGUCCGAGGGGAGGGUGAACUUCGGGGCGGUGACCAAGGUGUGGGGCUCCUGGGCCGAGUCUGCCGCCGCCGCCGCGUCCGGGGUCAAGGUGCACGUCGCGGUGCUCGUCAGGUCCGACCUGGUGGCGGCCGAGCCCAGGAGCCCGGUCGCCCGGGCAGCCUUCGACGGCUUCUUCUCUGCUUGAUGAGUGUGAAUUAGAGUAAUUCGGAGGAGUUUACCGUGUGGAGUACCUCUCCCCCUUAAGCCAGUGUCAUAUAACUCCGGUUUGUACAUAACCGUGUGCUUUACUGGUUUGCAACGAGGAAGAAGUGUACUUUUCGUA